UCUGACAUGCGCAGUCCUGUGGAGGCUGCGUUCAAAACACAUGAACAGACUUGAUCCGAAGUGAUAUUAUCGUGAGGAGACGUUUGAAGAUCUGUUUAAACAUCUUCUUUUCCAGGCUUUAAAAUGGCAACGCCACUGGAGGACCCCUCACUUGAGCGUCAUUUUCGAGGCCAUCGUGACACCGUGACUUCUGUGGACUUCAGCCCAGUCAUGACACAGCUUGCCUCAGGCUCAAUGGACUCAUGCCUUAUGGUGUGGAACUUCAAGCCAAAGAUGCGAGCUUACCGGUUUGUGGGUCACAAGGAUGCAGUGAUGUGCGUAUCUUUUUCUCCAUCUGGACAUCUUGUGGCGUCAGCAUCCCGAGACAAAACAGUGCGACUGUGGAUCCCCAGCGUAAAAGGGGAGUCCACAGUGUUCAAGGCUCACACAGCCACAGUGCGCAGUGUAGACUUCAGCAAUGAUGGGCAAACCAUGUGUACUGCUUCAGAUGACAAAACCGUAAAGCUUUGGACAGUUCACAGACAAAAGUUCAUCUGUUCUCUUACACAACACAGUAACUGGGUGAGAUGUGCAAAAUUUUCCCCAGACAGUCGACUAGUUGUGUCCUGUGGUGAUGACAAAUUGAUCAAACUGUGGGACAGGCAGUCAAGGGAGUGCGUCCACACUUUUCAUGAGAUUGGAGGAUGUGUCAAUCAUGUGGAUUUUCACCCAAGUGGCACAUGCAUCGCCUCUGCAAAUUCAGAUGGGUGUGUUAAGGUUUGGGAUGUCCGCAUAAACAAAAUUUUACAACAUCAUGCAGCUCAUGCAGGUUCUGUAACCAAACUGUCCUUCCACAGCAGUGGCAAUUUUCUUCUUACCAGCUCUGAGGAUGGAACGUUAAAAAUAUUUGAUCUGCUGGAAGGUCGAAUAUUCUACACCCUACAUGGCCACCAAGGUCCUGUCACAGCUGCAGCUUUCUCCAGAAAUGGGGAAUUCUUUUCCUCAGGUGGAUCUGAUGAACAGGUGCUUGUGUGGAAAACCAACUUUGACCAGUUGUCACCAAAAGACGUGUUGUCAGCCCAGCGCCCACGUGAGCACCCUGACACUGCACUUUCUGGCCCCACUGUGGAUGACAUUCCACCAAGACGGCAGAAAGGAAGAGCACCUGCAUCCCCAAUUAAUCUGGAUGCUCGAAAGGCUGUCAAAAGCAUGCAAGAUCAAGCUCCACCAGUCACGGAUGUGGGUCCUGCUUUCUUCACUUCUUCACAGGUUCGCAUAGAUUCCUCGUCUACAAGACGGCCCAUGGAGGAUGACUUGGAAAUGACUUCUGACAGAGAAAACCGUGGAGACCUUGACCUAGAUGGCAUCGACCCUGGGCCCCGUACUCAGCCUUUAGAAGCUAAAUCGGUGCCAUUUCAGCUGGCCCAGUUCAUGGAUCAGAUAGCUGGGCAACUAGACAUCCUCACGCAGACAGUGUCCCUUCUGGAGCAGCGGUUGACUAUGACUGAGGACAAACUGCGGGAAUGUCUAGACAGUCAGCAGCAAAUCCGCUUGCAGAUUCAACCAACUAAGUGACUGCUCAUGACGUCUUCAUCCUAACUGUGAUAGCUCCCAGUCUCCUUCUGUUGUAGCUUGCUGUGGGAUGGCAGAACAUCUGUUCCACACAAGAUUGCUAUUUGCCUUGUGGGACACUUGGCAGUCAAAACUUUAAAGACUGUUCCUUGAAGGUAUUCAAGCAGCAACAUACCCAAGAGCGUGCUCAUGCUGAGACCCAGUUGUGCCCAACUGAAAGACCAAAAAUGUCAAGAAAGUUUGUGGUAGAGGUAGUUAGACUCAUCUGGCACCUCUUUUAGGGAAGGAGGCAGAUGGCAUUGGCAACCUGUGAACAUCUGUUGGAUGCCUAGCUAGACUGGGCUGUCUGGGAGGCAUGUUCUUGAAGUAGAGAAGAUUACAGAUGCGGCAUAUAAAGCACAAAAGCAGAGCAACAGGGAGAUAAAGGCAGCCUCCAAAAAGACUUACUCCUGGAUUUUCUAUAUUAGAACAACUUUAUCUUUUGUUAUAUCAGUACACAAAGGAAUAGAUCAGAAUUGUCUUGUGAUUUUUUUGUGGGGGUGUUGGGUAGGAUGGGAAACUAUUAUUAAUCAUCAAAAUAGAAAACUUGAAAUGUG